GCUACAUGUGAAGAGAUGAAAGUUCAUACUAAAAAAUACAGGCAUCAUAGUCACUACUCACUCAUAUAUAUAUAUAUAUAUAUAUAUAUAUAUAUAUAUUAAUGGCCAUCUACAUCUUCCCCAACAGCCUCACUUCCUCCAUAAAGAAAUCCAAAAAACACCCAUCUAAAAUUCCAUUUCUCUUCGCACAAACAUCAUGGCCUAGCUGUUCUUGGAUCCGGAGAUUCUGGGUCUUCCGAUAUAUUUUAUAACACCCAUUUAAAAACCCAUAACCCACAAGACAUGAUUUGGUUUCUCUCCUCUUGUCCCUCCUUCCUAGGCUCUCAUCAAACCACACCUCAUUUCUGUGCCUCUCAUUGGAGUUUGUAGCAGCUAGCAUACGUGUUUCUAAUGACUGUUAAUAUUCAUAUUCAUCCAUGGACACUUCUCAUCGUCUCCUUCCUCGCCAUCUCUACUUUCUCUCUUCCGUAUCCCUCCUCCGGCCUCAAUCCACAAGGCGAAGCGCUUCUCUCGUGGAAGAGAACGUUGAACGGAUCGUCGGAGGCCUUAAACAGUUGGAACCCUACCGACGAAACACCGUGUGGGUGGCUCGGCAUUUCUUGCAACUUCAACAAUGAGGUUGUGGAGCUGAAUUUGAGGUAUGUGGACUUGCUUGGGAAUGUUCCAUCCAAUUUCAGCUCACUGGCAGCGUCCUUGAACAAGCUCGUCCUCUCGGGAACGAACCUUACGGGCUCGAUCCCGAGAGAGAUCGGUGCUCUGGAUGCCUUGAAUGUCUUGGACUUGAGUGACAAUGCGUUGAGUGGCGAAAUCCCAAGUGAGGUUUGCAGCUUGCCCAAGCUAGAGCAGCUCUAUCUCAACUCAAACCGGCUCGAGGGAUCGAUACCGGUCUCAAUUGGGAACCUCACGAGCUUGAGGUGGUUGACUCUCUAUGACAACCAACUCAGUGGUGGAAUUCCAAGCACCAUAGGGUACUUAAACAAGCUUGAAGUGAUUAGAGCUGGCGGCAACAAGAACCUCGAAGGCUCACUCCCCAAAGAAAUUGGGAAUUGCACCAAUUUGGUGAUGCUAGGCCUUGCAGAAACAAGCAUUUCAGGGUUCCUCCCUCCGAGCCUCGGCCUACUCCAGAAGCUCCAGACACUCGCCAUCUACACUUCCCUCCUCUCCGGCCAAAUCCCACCCGAGCUCGGACACUGCUCCGCCCUGCAAAACAUCUACUUAUACGAAAACUCGCUCACUGGCUCGAUUCCAAGGUCGUUGGGCAAUCUCGAAAACCUCCAAAACCUGCUGCUCUGGCAGAAUAACCUUGUAGGGACCCUUCCACCCGAGCUAGGGUACUGCAAGCAAUUAAUGGUGAUUGACAUUUCGAUGAAUUCGAUCACUGGAAACCUUCCCGUGGCUUUUGGGAACUUGAGCUCGUUGCAGGAGCUGCAACUGAGUGUCAAUCAGAUCUCGGGUCAAAUCCCAUCAGAGCUCGGGAAUUGUCCAAGUAUCACACAUAUCGAGCUUGACAACAAUCAAAUCACCGGUGCGAUUCCGUCCGAAUUCGGAAACUUUACGAAUCUGACACUACUCUUCUUGUGGCAAAACAGGCUCGAAGGGAAUAUACCUUCGUCCUUGUCGAUGUGCCACAAUCUUGAAGCCAUAGAUCUGUCACAAAAUGCUUUGACAGGUCCGAUUCCGCCAGGAAUAUUUGAGUUACAGAAGCUGAAUAAGUUGCUGCUUUUAUCGAACAAUUUGUCCGGCGAGAUACCACCGGAGAUCGGAAAUUGCUCAUCGCUUAUUCGUUUCCGAGCAAGCAAUAAUAAGUUAACCGGGUCAAUUCCACCGCAGAUCGGGAACUUGAAGAAACUGGAUUUCUUGGAUCUCGGAUCGAAUCGGAUCACCGGAGUUGUCCCGCCGGAGAUCUCCGGUUGCCGGGAUCUGACUUUUCUGGAUUUGCAUUCGAAUUCGAUUGCCGGAAGUCUUCCUGAGAAUUUAAAUCAGCUCGUUUCCCUCCAAUUGCUUGAUUUAUCUGAUAAUUUCAUUGAAGGGACGUUGAGUCCGAGUAUUGGCUCACUGAAUUCGCUCACCAAACUCGUUCUCAGCCAGAACCGGUUCACCGGUCCGAUUCCAUCUCAACUCGGCUCGUGUUCCAAACUUCAGCUGCUAGACCUGAGCAGUAACGAGAUCAGUGGUCAGAUUCCGGCUAGUCUGUGUAAGAUUCCGGCGCUCGAGAUCGCUUUGAAUCUCAGCUGCAACAAACUCUCAGGCCAGAUUCCGCCGGAGUUUACAGCGCUGGACAAACUCGGCGUAUUAGAUCUCUCUCACAACCAGCUAUCCGGAGACCUUCAAUUUCUCGCAGAGCUUGAAAAUCUCGUCGUCCUCAACGUCUCGCACAACAACUUCACCGGUCACGUGCCUGACACGCCGUUCUUCUCUAAGCUUCCGUUGAGCGUCCUAGCUGGCAACCCGUCGCUCUGCUUUUCCGGCAACCAGUGCGCGGCGGACAAGGGCGGAGCCUCAAAGCGCAGUGCGGCGGCGAGGAUUGCCAUGGUGGUGCUAUUAUGCGCAGCGUGCGUGCUCCUCCUUUCAGCUCUCUACAUCAUCUUAGGAGGUAAGAUGACUUGGCGCGGUGGGGCCCACGAGAGCGACCACACAGGUGACGAUGACGUGGAGUUGGGACCACCAUGGGAGGUCACACUGUACCAAAAGCUAGACCUGUCCAUUGUUGAUGUGGCAAAGUGCUUGACAGCUGGCAAUGUGGUAGGGCGGGGCCGAACCGGCGUCGUUUACCAAGUGAAUAUUCCGUCGGGUCUAACCAUAGCCGUCAAAAGAUUCCGGUCAUCGGAGAAAUUCUCGGCUUCGGCAUUCUCGUCGGAGAUUGCCACGUUGGCACGAAUCCGGCACCGGAACAUUGUUCGUUUGUUGGGCUGGGGUGCUAAUAGAAAGACGAAGCUGUUGUUCUAUGACUAUUUGGCGCAGGGCACACUAGGCGCAUUAUUGCACGAGGGGUGCGCAGGAUUGGUGGAGUGGGAUACCCGGUUCAAGAUAGCUUUAGGCGUCGCGGAGGGCUUGGCUUACUUGCAUCAUGACUGUGUUCCAGCUAUCCUGCACCGGGACGUGAAGGCCCACAAUAUACUAUUGGGGGAUCGUUACGAGCCAUGUUUGGCAGACUUUGGGCUUGCUAGGCUCGUCGAAGAUGAAAAUGGCUCUUUCUCCGCGAACCCACAAUUUGCGGGGUCCUAUGGCUACAUGGCACCUGAAUAUGCUUGCAUGCUAAAGAUCACAGAGAAGAGUGAUGUGUACAGUUAUGGGGUAGUUUUGUUGGAGAUCAUUACUGGGAAAAGACCAGUUGAUCCAUCAUUUCCAGAUGGGCAACAUGUCAUCCAAUGGGUCCGAAACCACUUAAAGACCAAAAAUGACCCUGUGGACGUCAUUGAUCCAAAGCUCCAAGGCCAUCCAGACACACAAGUUCAGGAAAUGCUGCAAGCCCUAGGCAUCUCUCUCCUCUGCACGAGCAAUCGUCCCGACGACCGCCCGACGAUGAAAGAUGUCGUGGCAUUAUUGAAGGAGAUUCGGCACGAGUCCGCGACGAAUCCCGAGGGCCACAAGCCGGCAGCCAAAUCCGCAAAAAAGCCAGAGGAUUCGUCGUCAGUCACCCCUUCUCAAUUGUUGAUCAUGCAGGGGUCUUCCAAUUGUUCACUUGCCUAUUCUUCCUCGGCUAGUUAUCUCUCAGGGAACCAAUGACAUUCGUAUUUUAUGUAAUGAAAUGUUGAUCCCACAUGGUAGGAGUUAGGAGUGUGAUGAUAUUAUUAGAUAUGGAAAUGGUACAACAAGACGAGCCAAAUGAGUGUAUAUAUAGCAACAUGACAUUUUAUUGUUAUUAGCAAAUUGAUGAGGCUAUUUUCCAAAUCAAACUUUGUGUCAUGUCAAAUGUGAUAAGUGUUAUUAUAUAUUGAGAACAGUUGUUUUAAUA